GUCCGGGAGCAGCAGUCUCACAUCUAACUCAGAACUCCUCGCAGCCUGACCAGCAACCUAGAUUUCCCCCAAAAUGGCAACUACUCUCAAGGAUCAGCUGAUUCUGAAUGUCCUAAAGGAAGACCAGGUUCCCCAAAACAAGAUCACUGUUGUUGGGGUUGGUGCAGUUGGCAUGGCAUGUGCCAUCAGUAUCUUAAUGAAGGAUUUGGCUGAUGAACUUGCCCUAGUUGAUGUCAUAGAAGACAAACUAAAGGGAGAGAUGAUGGAUCUCCAACAUGGCAGCCUUUUCCUCAAAACGCCAAAGAUUGUUUCUGGCAAAGACUACAGUGUGACUGCAAACUCAAAGUUGGUUGUCGUUACUGCUGGGGCACGUCAACAGGAGGGAGAAAGUCGUCUUAAUUUGGUCCAGUGUAAUGUGAAUAUCUUUAAAUUUAUCAUUCCCAAUAUUGUUAAAUACAGCCCUAAUUGCAAGCUGCUUAUUGUUUUCAAUCCAGUGGAUAUUUUGACAUAUGUGGCCUGGAAGCUAAGUGACUUUCCUAAAAACCGUGUUAUUGGAAGUGGUUGCAAUCUGGAUUCUGCCCGUUUCCGUUACCUAAUGGGGGAGAGACUUGGUGUCCAUUCUUCAAGUUGUCAUGGAUGGGUCCUUGGGGAACAUGGAGACUCAAGUGUUCCUGUAUGGAGUGGUGUGAAUGUUGCUGGUGUGUCUCUGAAGAAUCUUUAUCCUGCUUUGGGAACUGAUACUGAUUCAGAGAAUUGGAAGGAAGUUCAUAAACAGGUGGUUGAAAGUGCUUAUGAGGUGAUCAAGCUGAAGGGCUAUACUUCCUGGGCCAUUGGAUUGUCUGUGGCAGAUCUGGCAGAAAGCAUUAUGAAGAAUCUUAGGAGAGUGCAUCCAAUUUCCACCAUGAUUAAGGGCCUAUACGGCAUUAAUGAAGACGUCUUCCUUAGUGUCCCCUGUGUCUUGGGGCAGAAUGGCAUUUCAGAUGAGGCGAAGGUAACCCUGAACCCAGAUGAGGAGUCCCGUUUAAAGAAGAGUACAGAUACUCUUUGGGGAAUCCAGAAGGAGCUGCAAUUCUAAAGUCUUUGAAUGUGCUGCCACUUUACUGUCUAGAGAACAUGACACUGGUUAAGGGAUUAGGUAUGAUGCGCUUUUCAUGUAGGUCAAAUCUUUCCUCUGAUUAGUGACACCAGAAAUAUAAAACCUAUGAACACACUCUUCCUAACGUUAGAAAUGGGGGAAUA